AUGCCCCGGAAAAAGCCAUUCAGCAACAAGCAGAAGAAGAAACAGCUUCAAGUCAAACGGGAGAGAAAGAGAGGUGACACAGGCUCAGGGCCGAGUAGCCGCAAUGCCAGUGUGGAGCGAGGGGGAGAACGCCAGUCAGACACGUCAGACAGCGAGACCACCGACAUCAGGAGGAUAAACCAGCAACCCACCGGCCGAGAUGGCAGACAUGACCCUAAUAGGUUUCGUCUACACUUUGAAAAGGAGAGCAAAGAGGAAGUGGAGAAGCGAAAGAAGAUGGCCAGGGAGAAGGUCCUGCUGCCCGUUUCAGAUAAGCAAUUGGAGAUAGGCAUUGAGGAUAUCUAUCCACCUGAAAGAGGCCUGGGUUUCCCACGACGGCCGCCCUGGAAUUACGAAAUGAGCCGAGCGGACUUGUUGCGAAAAGAAGAGAAGUCGUACAAAGAGUACCUAGAUGACAUGCAUUCAAGAAACCCGCCUGGUUCCCUCAGCCAUUUUGAGCACAAUUUGGAGACAUGGAGGCAGCUGUGGCGAGUGUUAGAAAUGUCAGAUAUCGUCCUGCUCAUUGUGGACAUCAGGCACCCGGUGCUGCAAUUUCCCCCUGAGGUUUACCGUUACAUCACCGUCGAGCUCAAGAAGCACGUGGUGUUGGUACUGAACAAAGUGGACUUGUGUCCACCCCCACUGGUGAUCGCCUGGAAACACUACAUGACCUCACAGUUCCCGCAGGUGCACAUCGUCUGCUUCACUUCCCACCGAGGACAGGCUUACAGCACGGUGCUGCAGAAAAAACGCAUGCGAAGGAAGGCUGACUGGAGUCACGCUGGAGGCCCCACAGAGAUCCUGAAGGCUUGUCAAGAGAUCACAGCAGGACAAGUCGAUCUCUCCAGCUGGGAGCAGAAAAUCCAGGCGAAUGCCGUCGCCGAGCAACAGGAUGAGGAGGGGCCGGAUGAGGAGGCAGAGUCUGUGCUGGUGGAGCAUCAAAGCGAUAGCGCCCUGGAGAUGACCAACCCAACGCAGGAGCUAUACAAGGAUGGCGUUCUUACUCUAGGUUGCAUUGGCUUCCCAAAUGUGGGCAAGUCAUCCGUUAUCAAUAGCCUGGUUGGCAGGAAGGUGGUGAGUGUGUCCCGGACGCCGGGCCACACCAAAUACUUCCAGACUUACUACCUCACCCCCACUGUCAAACUCUGCGACUGCCCGGGACUCGUCUUCCCUUCAUGUGUGGACAAACAGCUCCAGAUUCUAGCCGGUAUUUACCCAGUGUCGCAGCUGCAAGAACCCUACAGCUCUGUGGGUUAUCUAUGCGAGAGGACCCCCUUUCUCUCGGUGUUGAAGCUCAAACAUCCUAAUUUAGAAGAACUCAACACCCAGCUGGGAGACCAGGUUUCAACGGAGCUCCCGUGGACCGCCUGGGAUGUUUGCGAGGCGUGGGCCGAGAGGAGAGGCUACAAGACUGCGAAGGCGGCUCGUAACGAUGUAUACCGGGCAGCAAACAGCCUACUGAGAUUAGCCACCGACGGCCGCCUCUGCCUCUGCCUCAGACCACGUGGCUACAGCUGCUUGAGAGAUCAUUGGGAAAGUCACACAGAUAUCCCAGAUAUUCUAGCCCUCCAAGGACGGACGUCAGAAGACGACAGCGCAGGAAAGCGAGACGACGAAGAGGAUGGCGAAUCUAGCACCGAGCCCGAGGAAGAGCGAGACCGCGACGCGGACGAUGACGACGACGGCGAUGAAGAUGAAAGCUUCAGACGGAGCGAGCGCACGACGUCCGGCUUGGCCGUCAACAUGUUUAAUGUUCUCCGGGAGAAUGAAUGUGAGUGA